CUGUGAUCUGUGCGGUAAACAACAGAAUAGUAUUUCAGCAGGGAAUUUCAGUAUUCGUAUUCAUCUACAAGUCUUGUUCUAUAUAGAAAAAUGUCGUCGCUGGAAGAAACACACAACUUACAGCAGCAAUUGAAGAUUGCUCGCCAAGAGAUAUUCAAUUUAAGGAGGCAACUAUCCAAAUUGCAACAUCUUCAACGCGACGAAAUCAACAUAGUGAAGAGCGCAAUUGAUAAAUGGCAAUGCAGUAAUUGCCGCAAGCAGACUGCUGGAGCGGAAUCGAUAGUCCCCACAUCCAAGCCGCCUAAACCAGCUGAAAAGGAAUUCAGCCCUAUAGGAAUUAUCCACUCAGAGUUUCCCAGAAUAAGAGGAACCCCUCGACAGCCCACUAUCACAAUGCGAAACACAAUUGCCACCCUGACACUGAAUAAUGAAGUGUUUACGAAUCCCAGUCAUGCCCUGCAAGAUCUGGAAGACUUUUCCCACUUGUGGAUAAUCUUUGUCUUUAACCGACAUCCGAAACAUGCUAAACCCAAGGUGGCCCCUCCGCGAUUGAAUGGCAGAAGAACGGGAGUGUUUGCAACCAGGUCCCCACAUCGGCCUUGUCCGAUAGGACUGUCUUUGGUCAAGAUUGAAAAGAUUGUUGAGAAUGUAAUCUACUUUUCUGGAGUUGACAUGGUCAAUGAAACUCCAGUUCUCGAUAUCAAGCCGUAUAUUCCUCAAUAUGACCAGCCAAAUUAUGGCAUGAAAUCCAACUUUCUCCAGCAUUACACGGAAAAGCUGGGCACAGCGGUGGAACUGGUUUGCGACAGCGAGAGUGACGAAGAAUCAGAGGAGGCCCAAAGUAUAUCGGGAAACGAUGUGAGAGUGCCCAUUUGGAUUACUGAAUCGCCUGUACAUCCACUGACUAUAUCCUUCGAGGAAAAUGCUCUUAAACAGUUGCACGUCUUAAAUCCGGAGAGGGCAAAUGGUCGAAAACGAUUGAUAUCGAGUGUCCUAAGAGAGGAUCCCCGAUCGACUUACCUGCGACAUAAAUUAGGCUCAGCCUCAUAUCGAUGGAGAAUUGAGGACUUAUUUGUGGAAUGCACCUUUAAUGACGAUGAUCAUAUCGUAAACGUUAAUUCGGUUUGUAUGUGUGAUAUUUAACAGCAAAAUGUCCUGAGUAGGUGCUGGUGGAAUUAAAUUAUUUAUUGUA